GUCCAAAUCGCUUUCUGAUGAAAUAAUCGCAUAAAGUCUAUAAGUAAAAUGACUGUGAACGUUGUUGUUAAUAAGUCGAAUUUACCCGUUGGUGUUCUUCUGCUUGUUGAGCAUCUCAAGGGUAAACUUGAUGUCAAGGUUGAACAAGGCCCUACUACGGUUCUCAAGGCCAACAGCGAUGCUAGUUUCGACUCUGUGACUUCCAUCUGUCGUUACUUGAGUAGACUCGUGCCUGAUGCUGGGCUGUAUGGUCAGUCAGCUCUGGCAAGGAGUGAGGUUGAUCAUUGGUUGGACUUCAGCAUUCGCCGUUUGAGCUGUCAAAGUGAAUUUGCCGAUGCAGUUGCGUAUCUGAAUAAUGUCCUUGGCCCAAUCACGUUCUUGGUCGGUCAUGAUGUGACCAUCGCUGACUUUGCAGUCUGGGGGAGCCUACGUGGUAAUAACCAAUGGCAUUCCCUUGUCACCAAGGGUGAAGCACCAAGACAUCUGGCGAGAUAUUACAACUUCCUGUGCGCCCAAGACAAGUUCCAAGCGGUCGAUAACAUGCUGCCCAAGAUCAAGACCAAGGAGCCAAGUCCUGCAAGUGGAAAGAAACAGGAAGAUGCCGGCAAGUUUGUUGACCUUCCUGGAGCGGAAAAAGGCAACGUGGUGGUCCGAUUCCCACCGGAGGCUAGCGGUUAUCUCCAUAUUGGACAUGCCAAAGCUGCCCUGUUGAACCAGUAUUACCAGCAGACGUUCGAAGGCAAACUCAUAAUGAGAUUUGACGACACCAACCCUGCAAAAGAGGAUGCUCAUUUUGAAGACGUGAUUCUGGAGGACGUUGCACUCCUCGGUAUCAAAUACGACCAUUUCUCACGUACGUCCGAUCACUUCCCGCUGAUCAUGGAGUGCUGCGAGAAGCUGAUUAGGGAUGGGAAGGCGUACGCAGACGACACUGAACCAGAGAAGAUGAAGGAAGAGAGAGAUGAGAGAGUGGCUUCCAAGAACAGGGACAAUAGUAUUGAGACAAAUUUGAAGAAUUUCGCUGAGAUGAACAAAGGGAGCGAUUACGGUUCCAAGUACUGUGUCCGGGCCAAGAUCGAGAUGUCGUCGAAUAUUGGAUGUAUGAGGGAUCCGACCAUCUUCCGGUGCAAGAACGAACCCCAUAUCCAUUCGGGAGACAAGUACAAGGCAUACCCGACAUAUGACUUUGCCUGUCCGAUAGUAGACAGUGUUGAGGGCGUGACCCAUACCCUGAGGACAACUGAGUACCACGACAGGGAUGCACAGUACUACUGGUUCAUUGAUGCUCUGAAUUUGCGUAGACCGCACAUUUGGGAGUACAGUCGUCUGAACUUACAGAAUACUUGCCUAUCGAAGAGGAAGCUCACAUGGUUUGUCAACGAGGGUUUGGUUGAUGGAUGGGAUGACCCUCGUUUCCCAACCGUGAGAGGUGUUCUGAGAAGGGGUAUGACUGUUGAGGGAUUGAAACAGUUCAUUGUCUCACAGGGUGGCUCUCGGUCUGUUGUGAUGAUGGAAUGGGAUAAGAUCUGGGCCUUCAACAAAAAGGUGAUUGACCCAAUCGCCCCGAGAUAUACGGCGCUACUUAAGGAUGAGUUGAUCCCUGUCCAUGUUAAUGGGGCCACGGUCUCCUCAAGUCAGGCACAGAAACAUCCAAAGAAUGUUGAUAUUGGCAUGAAGGAGAUCUGGACUGCGCCGACCAUCUUCAUCGAUGGGGCAGAUGCGGAGACGUUGCACGUUGGCGAGAAUGCAACGUUCAUCAACUGGGGCAAUCUCCUCAUCAAGGAGGUCAAGAGGGAUGCAUCAGGCAAAGUUGAAUCGGUCAACGCCGACCUUAGCCUUGACAACAAGGAUUUCAAGAAGACGGCCAAGGUGACCUGGUUGGCUGACGCAGACAAGUGUCCUCUCACUCCGGCCCUGUGUGUCCACUUCGACCACAUCAUCACCAAGGGCGUGCUAGGCAGGGAUGAGAACUUCAAGGACUUUGUCAAUUAUGAUUCAAAGAGAGAGUACACUAUGGUCGGUGACGUCGAGCUCGCUUCUCUCAAGAAGGGCGACAUUAUCCAGCUUCAGAGACGAGGUUACUACAUCUGCGACCAGCCUUAUGAACCAAUCAGCCGCUACACUGGUAAAGCCAGCCCGUGUAUUCUGUUUAACAUCCCCGAUGGCAAGAAAGAAGAGAUGCCCACAGCAGGAUCCAAGCACAAGGAUGCAGCGUCUGCUAAAGAGAAAGCGCAGAGCAAGAAGGGCAAGGCGGCUGAGAAGAGUCCCCAGGAAGAGCAGCCACCAUCCAAGCCAGGGACGACGUGCGCCUCCGAGCUGAAUAUCAAGAUUACGGACCAGGGCAAUGUGGUCAGGAAGAUCAAGGCAGAAGGUGCAACAAAGGAGCAGACGAAGGCUGCUGUCGAUCUCCUUCUCGCACUCAAGAAGGAGUAUAAAGCACUGACGGGACAGGACUGGAAACCAGUACAGGCAGCGGCGGCUCCCAGUAACCCACCACCUGCAAAGACACCAGCGCCAUCCAGUGGCAAUGCUGAAGAAUUGAAUGAACUGAUUGUCGACCAGGGGAAUAAAGUACGAGAGGUGAAAGGCAACACCAAGGACAAAGCUGCCAUCAAAGCUGUAGUUGAUGUUCUCCUCAGUCUAAAGGCGCAAUACAAGGAGGUGACAGGCCAAGACUGGAAGCCAGGACAGGCAGCUCCUAGUAACCCACCCCCAGCCAAGACUCCAGCCCCAUCUGGUGGCAACCCUGCAGAGCUUAACCAAAAGAUCGAAGACCAGGGAAAUAAAGUGCGAGAGGUGAAAGCCAACACUAAGGAUAAGGUGGCAAUCAAGGCAGUAGUUGACGUCCUUCUCAGUUUGAAAGCUCAGUACAAGGAAGCUACCGGGAUGGAUUGGAAACCAGGUCAGAGUCCGGCACCAGUGCCGGCGCCACCAACUGAGACGACCACAGGUGGUGCCACUGCCUUGACUGAGAGCAAGGAAGCUGUAGCACUGAAGGCGAAGAUUGAGGCCCAGGGGGAGACGGUCAGGGACCUGAAGAGCAAAGGAGGAGAUAAGGCGGCGGUACAGAAGGGAGUCGACACCCUGCUCGCCCUUAAGGCAGAGUAUAAAACUCUGACGGGCGUUGAUGCAACCCCUGGAGGGGGUGGAGCCAGGAAGGGGAAGAAGGAGAAGAAACUGCAACAACCCAAGGCCCAGGAGAAGAAGGUGGUAAAAAAAGAUGAGGAGUCUCAAAGAGAGAUCAAGAAAGUGACAAGACUUGGUUUGGAAGCGACCAAGGAGGAGAACCUAUCAGAUUGGUACACACAGGUGAUUCAGAAAGCGGAGAUGAUCGAGUACUAUGACGUGAGCGGUUGCUACAUCCUGCGUCCGUGGGCGUUUGGUAUCUGGGAACGGAUCCAGUAUUGCUUCGACCAGGACAUCAAGAAACUUGGCGUGGAGAACUGUUACUUCCCCAUGUUUGUCUCACAGCAGGCGUUACAGAAAGAAAAGGACCAUAUAGCAGAUUUUGCCCCGGAGGUUGCUUGGGUGACGAAAUCAGGACAAUCCGAGUUGGCGGAACCAAUAGCCAUUCGCCCGACCAGUGAGACUGUCAUGUAUCCGGCUUAUGCCAAGUGGUUGAAAUCACAUCGAGAUCUGCCUAUUCUACUUAACCAGUGGUGCAAUAUUGUGCGAUGGGAAUUCAAGCAUCCACAGCCUUUCUUGAGGACAAGAGAGUUCUUGUGGCAGGAAGGACACACAGCGCACGCAACAAAACAAGAAUCUUCCGACUUUGUUCACACUAUUUUGGAGCUGUAUGCCAAAGUCUAUGAGCAGCUGCUGGCCAUCCCUGUGGUCCGUGGCCGCAAGACUGAGAAGGAGAAAUUCCCUGGUGGAGACUUCACAACGACAGUUGAGGCGUACAUCUCAGCUAGCGGUCGGGCGAUCCAGGGUGCGACCUCUCAUUACCUUGGACAGAAUUUCUCAAAGAUGUUCGAGAUUGUCUUUGAGGAUCCUGAGACAAGUGAGAAGCGCUACGUGCACCAGGCAUCGUGGGGUUUGACGACCCGAACUAUCGGUGUCGUCUGCAUGGUUCAUGGCGAUAACAGCGGGUUGGUUCUACCACCUAAAGUUGCUAAUGUCCAGGCGAUCAUUGUUCCAUGUGGCAUCACAGCCAGCAGCAGCGAGGAGGACCGUAAGAAGCUUCAGACCGCCUGCGAGGAGAUGUGUAAGACACUCAUCGAUGGAGGUGUCCGGGCCAAGGGUGAUUAUCGGGACAACUACUCUCCUGGCUGGAAGUUCAAUCACUGGGAACUCAAGGGUGUCCCACUUAGGAUCGAGUUGGGACCACGUGAUAUCAAGAAUAACCAAUUCGUUGCUGUGCGACGAGACACAGCUGAAAAGCUGACUAUCAGUCGUGAUGGCUGUGUGAAGAAGGUCAACGAUCUUCUGGAGACAAUCCAAGCCAACAUGUACACUAAAGCCAAGAAGGACUUGGAUGAUCACCUCGUCGUCUCGCACACGUGGGAUGAUUUCUGCGAUUCCCUCGAGAACAAGAAGAUCAUAAUGGCGCCGUUCUGUGGCGACGUCCCUUGUGAGGAGAAGAUCAAGAAGGACAGUGCCAAGGACGUCGUGGUUGAAGAAGGAGCUCCAGCCAUGGGUGCCAAGUCACUGUGUAUACCGUUCAAGCAGCCUGGCGAGAUCAAGGACAACAUGAAGUGUGUCCAUCCCGACUGCAAGAAGAAGCCUCAGUACUAUACCAUGUUUGGAAGGAGUUAUUAACAACCAACAACACAGAUGGAUAGUUUACUGGAAAGCAACUUUCUGCAAAUGCUUGAGGGACUAUGUGACCCGGACAAAUUAGACUUUUGGAAUGUCUAUAAAACGUUUAAUAAUCCCCUACCUCUGUGUUCUUGAAACAGAGCUGUUAUAAUACUUAGGCAUAUCAGGAAUUUAUGCCGCCUGUUGGUCUCAGUGAAUUCACUGCCCUCAUGGUGGGUCAAGGUAUUGGUUUACCUUUGUAACACAAUAGAAACAAGGCCCUCCCAUUACAAUCGGAUGAAAAUGAUAGAUGCGGGCCUUGCGUCCCUCAAAAUGAACGAAUCUUCUGUAUGUUUCUUUUGUGUCAUAAUUUCCUCUCCAUGUUAGCAUGUAUUUUUCAUAGGCAAACCGAUAUCUUUAGCCACCGUGAAGAUUUGAAUAAAAGAUAUGCUAUA